CUAAUGGCUUGACAUGCAAUAUCUAAUAUUCAAUCUCAAUGGUACUAUUCUUCGUUGCGCAGAGAAUGUGCGCAAAAGCAAACACACAGUAGAAUGUUCACUAUAAUUUAUAAUGCGAUAUCGACAACAGUGAAAUGCUCUACUGUUGUAUAGUAGAGAGUACGUUGAAAUAACCCCUCUUUUCAGAGGAAUGUUAUUAGAGCGUCCUAGACCGGUUCACAACACCCCUAAAUGGGACCUUUCUGUUGUCCUUAAGGUGCUCAUGAGGCAUCCUUUUGAACCCAUGUCUAUUUCAUCCAUGAAAUAUCUGACACUCAAAACGGUCUUUCUAGUAGCCUUGGCUACCGCCCAACGGAGAUCAGAGCUCCAUGCACUUUCUUUUAAGAAGCUGGCUUUUAGAGAGGGAGGGGAGGUUAUCCUGGCUUUCAUACCAGGCUUUCUGGCGAAGAACCAGGGACCGGCCGCCUCUCGGGCCCCCGGUUACUAUUCCCUCUCUGUCAGGAACGAUCUCUUAUGAUCUUCCUGACAGAACUUGAUGCCCCGGCAGGGCCCUAAAGUUCUACAUAAAUAGGACAAAACCUCCCGGUAUUCGCCAGGGGAGAGAGCGUUUGUUUUUGUCCUAUAAGGAGGGAAAUAAACGAGAGAUAGCGGCCGCCACUAUUUCAAGGUGGAUUGUGGAGACUAUUCGUCUUUCCUACAACACCUUGAGGACUUCCUCUGAUCUUCGUGCGCUAGCUAACAUCUCAGCGCACGAAGUUAGAGCACUAGCCACCUCCUGGGCUAACUACCGAGGAGUUGCUCUUCAAGAAGUCGUUUCCGCUGCAUGUUGGAGUAAUCACUCCACAUUCUCUCGUUUCUACCUACGAGACGUUUCUUCCCUCGUAGAUGGCAUGCACACAAUCGGCCCGAUUGUGUCUGCGGGGCAUGUUGUUUGAUCCUGGCUAGAUCAAAAAAGGGGGGGAGCCCGAUUGAAGAGUCAAACGCGCAUCUUGCGCCAUUUUUGAUAUGCCCUAUCUUCAACAAUCCAGGCAACCCCUAGUAGACUAGAAAGGACGCAAUUUCUUAUUGUUGUUUAGCAAUAACUCAUUCUACACCCUUGAACAUGCCUUACUUGCUCUAAGCUCUGUUGCCGGAAAGAAGAUGGUUUUAUUACGCAAUUCUAGCGCUUUCGGGAGAAUGGGUCUAUUACUCUCUAUAAUUCGAUUGUAAUACCGAGAUCAAAAUACCGGUACCCUGGUUCUCCCCAUUUCUUUCCCCUGGCGGUCCUCCUUAGCUAAUAUGCCGGUGGUGCAUGCCUCCUUGAUGGAACAACAGCUCAGCCUUAGGUAAGUCCUCGUUUCCCACCUCCAAUAGGUUGCUGGGAUUCGAUGCAAAAGUGUUCCAUAGGUAAGUUUGAAUGACACAAAAUGCCCAUUUCCUUACAAGAAAUGGCCAUUUUGUUAGUUCAUACUUACCUAUGGAACACGGCCCUCCCGCCGUCCCCACAAACGGGACAUACUCUUUAUUAACGCUCAAGAGUAAGACUGAAUAUGGCGGCAUGAGAUCGGCGCGAUCUCGCGGGAUCGGUCAGGGUGCCGCCUGGCGGCCGAGCUGUUAACUCAGUUCUCCCUUUAGAAAAUUAAAGGGAUACUCUUGUGUUUGAGCCCAAAUGGAGUAACAUGCAAAAGUGUUCCAUAAGUAAGUAUGAACUAACAAAAUGGCCAUUUCUUGUAAGGAAAUGGGCAUUUUUGCCACAACUAUGAUUCCUAGGUUAAUAGUUAGCUAUGUGACAUCAUUCUACGCGCAAGACAAAUUUUGGCCCGAUCAGAUUCCAAAAGCCACCAGGGGGCGAAGUCCAAACCUCAUCAAUGUCUGCUGUUGAUGUCCACAGGUGAGCACGUCCUUGGCCAUGAUUGAGAGAAUCUGAAGAAGUGUCUGAUGAAUAUAUACCUAAAGUUAACCCACUUAGGCUUGAGUCUCAACACCCAAAUCAUUCUUGAUAGAUGAACUACUAAUAUAUAAAUUUUUUUAUCUCCAGGAAUUCCUUUUCAAGAACCUCCUGUUACGGGGCCUUCACAGCUGAGGACUGGCAUCAAGUUUCUUUUGUCUCUCUCGGCACAUGACUUUAAAGGGGAGAUAUACAGGCUGUAUCCUAAAUUAGGAGAUACUCCCUUUAAAGUAAUGUCGGCUGGGAGGAACAGAAAAUUGGUGCAUAUUGUAAUCCUUCACCAGCAGCCAUCCGUUCCCUUUCCGCCACAAAUGCUCCUACUAUUUAUAUCAGGCCGGAGCAUAAACUGUCAAAUGUAUCUGAUAGCAUACUUUAUCAUGGUCAUAGGACCCCAUCGACAGAAACUUUACAAGAGGAUGAAGAAAGGUCUACUAAUGCCAGCACUCGGGGUCGAAAUGUUACAAAUCAGCACCUCCCAGCAUCGACUGCAGCUGUGGUUGAUGAAUCUGUCUUGCCUCAACAAGUGUGCAGUUGUGGCCGUAGGAAGGUAGCAAACACGUGUUUAGUUUGCCAGCAAAACGCUGAAUACAAUUUGUCUCUGGCAGCUGACCAGAGAAAGGAUAAGAAAAUGAUGGAAACGGAUGCUGAAGACAAGGUUAGAGUAGAAAGACGGGGGCGUUUAGAGAGAAGGUUUGUGGAUGGUGAAGGAACCUUUCCAAUAAAAAUCAGACUGCCAGGAGGCAAGCAGGGCACUUGCAGAUUUUUGCCCCAAGAAAAUGUGUCUGUAUUGGUUGAUUUUAUUGGUGCUCAGGAAGAUUCGAGUCAACAGUUUUACAUGAUGAUACCCGGACAAAUACAAGUGGUCCACUCAAUUAUUGCAGAGUCUGUUCCGUCAGAAAGUUUAUUUGACCUGGGUAUAAAUAGCCCGGUGUUAAUAAAUGUUCAGUGGGACAGAGAGGAACAUACUUCGCCAAUAGCUUCAUCCUCUUCAUCAACUGGGAACCAGCCUGAGGCCAGCACUCGACGUCGAAGUGUGACAAACCCUCCAGCAUCAACCUCUGUGGUUGAUCAAUCUGUCUUGGGGACCAACAUUGAUGAUGAUACUUUGCCAGAAAUCCUGCCUGUUACUGCAGCUGCAAUGCUAGACUUUGAUAAUCAGAACAAUGCAGUGCAAAGGACAAGCAGACGAUCUGUGCAUAGGCCUUCAAUAAGACCCCAGAGAGCCGCUGCAACUAAUGCUAGGAACUAUAUAUCAGCGGUAGCAAGUGCAUUGGGUGCACCUCAAGUUCAAUCUGCAAGAAACUCAGUCGGCAUCCCAGAGGAGGAGACAGCUCAUGAUGUGGUGGAUAACAUAGAAGAUGAGGAUAUGGUUGCAGCUCUGGCCGCAAGUAUUCUUUUGCAACCGCCCAAAAAGCCAAUAUCCGCAGAGGACUUGAUCAUCAAUUUCCAAAUUGCCACCAGGGAACCAACUGGGGAAAUUAAGACUAGUGUACUGGUCAACCGGGCAGAUGUCCUGGAGAGUACAGAGGAAGCAGUAGAGGAGGAUGAAAAUUUCAACUUUUAUGCUGUCCCUGAAGUAGAAUUCGCUGGGGAAGAUGCCACCGAUCUUGGCGGGCCGAUGAGGGAAUAUUUUAGCCUCCUACUGAACGCAAUAGUUAAGGCGAUUGUUACGAUGGUGAGUUGGAGAAGCGUUCCUUCUCACUGAACAUUAGCCAUCUGGAGGAGAAGAGGUACUUCCAGGCUGGUCGUUUCCUGG